GCAGCAGCAGCAGAAGAGGAGGAGGAGGAAGAGGAAGAGCGCCAUUGCGUGUUUCGCGCCUGAACAGAGAGGAUCGGAGGCGCUGGUCCGCGUUUCAAUGACGAACUUUUGAAACAGAUCCGAAGACUCGCACACAGCAGCAUGAGGCGGACGAAGGCGGACGUGGAGCGCUAUAUUUCUACGGUCCAGAGCGCCUCUCCCUCGCAGAAAGCGAAGCCCGUCAAAGGAUUUCUCUUUGCUAAGCUCUUCUUUGAGGCUAAGGAGUAUGAGCUGGCUAAAAGACAUGUUUCGGAGUAUCUGACCGUCCAGCCGAAGGAUCCUAAAGCGCACAAGUUCCUCGGGCAGCUGUUUGAGCGUGACGGCGAAACAGACAAAGCUGUGGGAUGUUACAAGCGCUCGGUGGAUCUGAAUCCGGCUCAGCACGAUCUGGUCCUGAAGGUGGCAGAGCUGCUGUGCAGUAAACCCGAGCACGACAGUCGAGCCGAGUUCUGGGUGGAGAAAGCGGCCAGGCUUCUGCCGGGACACCCGGCCGUCUUCAAUCUGAGGGAGAAGCUUCUGAGCGCUCAGAGCGGCUCUAACCAGCUGUACGAGCUGCUGCAGGCGGAGCUCAAGCUGCGGCCCGCCGACACCUACAUCAACCAGAAGCUGGUGCAGCUCUACAGCGCCGAGGGCCGGCUGGAGGACGCCGUCAAACACUGCCUGGCCGUGGAGAAGACCGGCGUCCUGAGACACUGUCUGGAGUGGUACCAGCUGUUGGUCAGCACCCUGCAGGAGUACCUCUGCCAGCCGAGCGUGUCGUCGAACGAACAGGCCUCACGCAAGUUCAACAAAGAGCUGCUGCUGGCUCAGUGCAGCCGCGUGAGACUGACGCUGACACUGAAGGACUGUGAGGAGAGCACCGCUGCGCUCCGGAGUUUUGACUGUGCGAUGCAGGAUCUGAAGAACACGGCCACAAACACGAUGGACGAGCUGGCGGAGGUGUUCACGGAGAUGAGGGCUCACCUGUACCUGUACGCCGGGACGCUGCUGCUGAAGCGGGCGCAGGACGGGGCGCAGCAGUGGAGGGCCGUGCUGGAUCUGGCCGCUCUCUGUUAUCUCGUAUCUUACCAGGCUCCGAGACCCAAAGCUAGGAGCUUCAAGAGUGAGCAGGCGUCCCAUGAGCCCCUGGAGCUGCUGGCCUGUGACCGUCAGAGUCAGGCGGGUCACAUGCUGCUGAACCUGAGCUGGGACGUGGAGCAGCUGCUGAAGGAUGUGGUGGAGGUGUUCGGGAACCGGAGCGGCCCGGGCCGUCUGUUUGAGCAGCUGUUCGACGCACAGACGCAGGAGCAGCGCUCUUUCAUCUGCAACGAUGACAUCCACGUCCUCAGCGUACCCCCGCCCAAAGCUGCCGAUCUGGCCAAGUGGGACAGCGGAGCGGUGAUGCUGCACGCGGGGGAUCUGCAGCAGCUGGCUUGGCUCGGCCUGCAGUGGGCGCUAAUGGGUCAAAGAGUGAGUCUGCAGGACUGGCUCAAGCAGCUCUUCCCUCGCCUCACGCUCGAGACCUCCAAACUGGACACCAGUGCGCCGGAAUCCAUCUGCCUGCUGGACCUGGAGGUGUUCGUGUGCGGCGUGGUGUUCUGCAGUCAGGCGCAGCUGCAGGAGCGUGUGAAGAUGAUGUCCUGCUCUCAGCCGCACGAGCCGCGCUGUCCUCCGCUGCACAUCACGAAGCUGCUGUCCUCAGACAGACAGAGAGAGUGGUGGGACGCCGUCUACAGCCUGAUUCACAAGAGAGCGCAGCCCGGGACGUCUGCUAAGCUGCGUCUGCUGGUUCAGUACGGUCUGGGCACCCUGCGCGCCGGAGAGAAACACGGCCUGCAGCCGGCGCUGCUCAUACACUGGGCUAAGCACCUGACACACGCGGCCGAGCGGGUGAACUCUUACUACGAUCAGAAGGACUACGCUGGCCGCAGUGUGCACUACUGGAGGGUUGUGCUCCCCCUGCUGGAGAAGGUGCGACACAAGCGCAGCAUCCCUGAACCCCUGCAGCCCAUGUUCAUGCACUUUCAGAGCAGAGACAUACAGCCCUCUCAGGUGCGAGUGUAUGAGGAAGAUGCGGUCAUAAGCUUCGCCACACUCCUGGACAUCGAGGGCAGCACCGAGGAGGCCAUCCUGAAGCUGGAGCAGCUCAACAGCGUCUCGUCUAACUGGCAUCUGGCGAAGAUCUAUCAGAGGCUGUCGGAGGAGGCAGGGAACGGGCUUGAGGACACUCAGGGCAGGUGCACCAACUUCCUCCUGAAGUUCAGGAAAUACCUGACCAAGAUUUAUCAGGCCAAUGCAGAGGAUAUGGAGAAGAUACCUGUGUCUAUGGAGGAGGUGAUGGAUUUGUUGAACGAGGUCACCCAGCAGCUUGAAGAUGUUGGCGCGGUGUGUGAAGAUCAGCUGGACUAUCCUGUGACGUCCAGCCCCGGGCGGCCCGCUGAAGGCCAUGUCAGAUUCUCCACUCCUUCCCCAUCCAAGAGUGUGACGUCACCGUCCAAGAGAUCUGUGUUCUCUCCUAAAACACCUCCUCUCUGGGUGGAGGACCAGAAGUCCCUGCUGCAGAUGUUGUGCCAGCAGGUCGAGGCCUUGAAGAAUGAGGUCCAUGACCUGCGCCAUACUCCAGAUACCACGGCGUCCUCGUAUAGGAUGCAUCGAGACCAUUAUGCUGCAGAAGGACUUCAGGAAACACUCCAUGGUGCUCCUCUCACUGUUGCUACUACAGGUCCCUCUGUGUACUACAACCAGUCUCCAGCAUAUAAUUCACAGCAUCUUCUGCGCACCGCUGUGAAUGUCACACCAACACAGGGCCCAGUAUAUGGGAUGAAUCGUCUUCCUCCACAGCAGCAUAUGUAUGCCUACCAACAAUCAACACACACCCCACCUCUACAGUCAACACCUGCAUGCAUGUAUCCUCAAGAGCAGGUUUUCGGUCCUCCCAUCCGGUUUGAGUCACCAGCUACAUCCUUACUCUCCCCAUACAGUGAGGAAUAUUACGGUCACAAUGUUCCUCAGCCCACAGUCAAUCCAACAUUGCCAGAGCCUGGAUAUUUCACUAAGCCAUGUGCCGUUACGUCCACACAGCCAUCCAAGAGCACUGAAGGCAAGGCUGUCGACCCCAAGAUGAGUUUUGGGCCACAGUUCACAGGUGAACCUGCUAAGGUUCCCAACUUUGGAGGAGUAGCUGCCGGCCCAACAACAACAGCAUCAGCUGCCUUCAAGUUCAACUCCAACUUCAAGUCCAAUGAUGGUGAUUUCACCUUCUCCUCUGCUCAGGUGAAAAACAGUGAAAGCCUCUUGGGACUUCUGACAUCAGAUAUUCCUCCCAGAGCGGAGGUGCCAUCAGAACCGAAACACCAGACCCAAGACCAGACGCCUAGCCAGAGCGAAGUCUUUGCUUUUGGGGGUAAUGCCACAGGAUUUUCAUUCACUGAUGGUGCUCAGAACAAGAUGAGUAUUUUUGGCAACACCGAUCAAAGAUUUAGCUUUACAAGUGGAACGAAGACAACAUUAGGGAAUUCAGAGGCUCGGGAAGAGAAGCGUGUGGAAAGUGACAAUGAUAGCACCCAUGUGGAAGAAGAUGAGGAUGGGCCUCAUUUUGAGCCUAUUGUGCCUCUACCUGAUAAGGUCGACGUGAAGACUGGUGAGGAGGAGGAGGAGGAGAUGUUCUGCAAGAGAGCAAAACUCUUCCGAUUUGACGCUGAAACUAAAGAAUGGAAAGAGAGGGGCAUUGGCAGUAUCAAAAUCCUCAAACACAAAACCUCCGGGAAAGUUCGUCUGUUAAUGAGGAGGGAGCAGGUUCUGAAAAUCUGCGCCAAUCACUAUAUUACUGCAGACAUGGUUCUCAAACCAAAUGCUGGAUCUGACAAAUCCUGGGUCUGGUAUGCUAUGGACUAUGCAGAUGAAAUGCCGAGGACUGAGCAGUUGGCCAUUCGUUUUAAAACUGCAGAUGAGGCGGCACUGUUUAAAGUUAAAUUUGAGGAGGCUCAAAAGUUCCUUUCGGAAUCCCCACAAGGCCAACAGAUUGAAAAGGAAAGCAAAACUCCACAUCCUCAGGUUUCAAUCAAAGAAGUGGAUCUCAAAACCCUGUUUUCCAAGAAGGCGGGUGAAUGGGACUGUGACGUGUGCUGUGUAAGAAACGCUCCCACGUCUGUUGUGUGCGCGGCCUGCAGCAGUGCAGCUCCUUCUACAGCACAGGUCAAACCUGUAGAGGAACCCAAAGCCUCGGCUCCUGCUGCCAAAUCGUUUUCUUUUGGACUUUCUGGAGAUUCCGCUAAAAACGACACCAGCACUGAUGUCAGCUCGAAGGGCUUCACGUUUGGAUCUCAAAUACCAGUUUCUUUUAAGUUUGGAUCAAAGGAUGCUGUGGAGACAUCUGCUGGCUUUGGAGCUCAGGCUGAGAAGAAAACAAGUCAGGCUGAUGCACCACAACAGGAGAAAGUGUCAGCAGCUCCAGCAGUCCCAUUUGGCACUGGAUUUGGUGCUCAGUUUGCCAAGAAAGAGGGUCAGUGGGACUGUGACUCCUGCCUAGUGAGGAAUGAAGGUUCAUCUAGCCAAUGUGUUUCAUGUCAGACAGCAAACCCCAAUAUGAAAAACAAGACCUCUGCUCCACCAUCAAGUUCCUCUUUUCCCUUCAGUUUUGGUAGUUCUAUCAACCAACCUGCUGCGACAGGAUUUAAAGCCAAUUUCAAUCCAGGCCCUGCUUUUCAGUUCGGCACAAGUACGGAAAAAGCAUCCUCCGAAGGCUUCAAGCUUGAGUCCUCCACAACUGAAGCUGAAAAGUCAUCAGGCGGUUCCAGUUUUUCGUUUUCCAUGCCUGCGCCUGUUGGCGGAUUUAAGUUUGGCAUUGCAGAAUCUGAGGCAAAACCAUCAGACAGACAGUCACAAAAUGGCUCUGCAUCUGACCUUCUCAAAAAUAUUGCUGAACUUCACAAAGAGAAAGAAAAAGAGGCAGGCCCAAGUUCCUCAGAUCAGUCUGUAGAUGCUGAUAGUCAAGAUAAUAAUCCCCUCAUUACUGGUAAGCCUGAAAACUUUAGUUUCGCUGACUUGGCGAAGGCACGAAGCAGUUUUCAGUUUGGCCAGGAGGAUCCCGCUUUCAAAGGCUUUGCAGGGGCUGGCGAGCCGCUCUUUACAGGGUUUCAUUCUGGGCCCAAGGCCGACACCUCUGUCGAUCAAGAUGAUGAAAUGUACAAAACUGAGGAGAAUGACAAUAUUACGUUUGAGCCUGUUGUUCAGAUGCCAGAGAAGGUCGACCUUGUUACAGGCGAAGAAGAUGAGAAAGUCUUGUAUUCACAGCGUGUCAAACUCUUCAGAUUUGAUACAGAAACAAACCAAUGGAAAGAAAGAGGAGUCGGCAACCUAAAACUGCUCAAGAAUAACCAGAACGGGAGACUGCGAGUUCUUAUGAGAAGAGAGCAGGUGUUGAAAGUGUGUGCUAAUCAUUGGAUCACAACCACAAUGAACUUAAAGCCCCUCUCUGGCUCGGAUCGAGCCUGGAUGUGGGCCAGUGACUUCUCAGACGGAGAUGCCAAAUUAGAACAACUUGCGGCAAAAUUCAAAGCACCUGAGCUUGCAGAAGAAUUCAAGCUGAAAUUCGAGGAGUGUCAGCGACUGCUUUUGGAUAUUCCUUUGCAGACCCCUCACAAGCUUGUGAACACUGGCAGAACGGCCCAGCUUAUACAGAAAGCUGAAGAAAUGAAAUCUGGUCUUAAGGACCUCAAAUCAUUCUUGACUUCCCAAAACAAGGAUGACGAAACUUGCGAUACAAGUCAUAGUACCUCUGCAGUUGUAGUUAAGCUUGACUCUGAGGGCACCGCACACACUUUAGAAUGGGAUAAUUACGAUUUGCGUGAGGAAUUGCAGGAGGACUAUAGCAGCUCCUCUGUGCGUGAUACUCCUUCGCAGCCAGAUCCAGUAGCUAAAAAUUUAUUCCGCUUUGGUGAAUCAUCCACAGGGUUUAGUUUCUGUUUUCAGCCUAUUCUCAGUCCCUCUAAGUCUCCAUCUAAGCUAAACCAGAGCCAGGCUUCUGUUGGCACAGAUGAUGAGCAAGAAGAAGCGUCGCAGGAGGAAGAGCGAGAUGGUCAGUACUUUGAGCCUGUUGUGCCACUGCCUGAUCUUGUUGAUGUCUCAACAGGAGAGGAGAACGAGCAAGUCCUUUUCAGUCACCGGGCCAAAUUAAACCGCUACGAUAAAGAUCUCAGUCAGUGGAAGGAACGAGGUAUAGGAGACCUUAAAAUACUACAGCACUACGAAACAAAGCGUGUCAGACUCGUGAUGAGACGGGACCAGGUCCUCAAACUGUGCGCAAACCAUUGGAUCGCUUCCAAUAUGAAGCUGGAGCCCAUGAAAGGAGCUGAGAAAGCGUGGAUCUGGAGUGCCUUUGAUUUUGCUGAGGGGCAGGGCAAGGUGGAACAGCUGGCAGUUAGAUUCAAACUGCAGGAAACUGCAAAUGCUUUCAGUGAAAUCUUCGAAGAGGCAAAGACUGCACAAGAAAAAGACACUCUACUCACCCCGUUUUCUGAAAGAGUACCUGCCUCCACCCAGGAGACACUUUGUGGCAAGGCUGCAGUUGCUGUACUUGAGGAAACAACAAAAGAACGUACUGGUCUCUCUGAGGAAAGCAGUCCUAAACUGGACCAGACACCGCAAAGCACCAAGAAUGUGGUCUCUCCUCCAAAGUUCGUCUUUGGGUCAGACUCUGUGCAGAAGAUCUUUGGAAGCCCUUCGCCAUCAAAAGAAAAAUCUCUGGUUGUGAUUUCCAGUUCAGAAGAUGAGGAAGCGGGUGCCUCGAGACUGAAGACCUCUGGACCAGCAGUGACCAGCCAGGCAUCGGCUGGGACUCCUUUCAGCAUACCAACAAGAAUUUCUUCUCCGUCAGAGCAGAAGAGCGCUCCGGACGUGUGUGAUGAUGAUGAUGAUGAUGAUGAUGAUGAUGUUGAGAUGGUAUUUGAGCUGAAGCCAUCGAGAGAGCAAGCAGAGCUGGCCUCCAGACUGAUGCUUCCUCCUACCUUCUUCUGUUAUAAACACCGUCCAGGAUACGUCAGCGACGAUGACAUCGAUGAUGAGGACUUUGAGAGCGCAGUGAGGAGUCUGAAGGGGAAGCUGUAUGCAGAUGGAGCGUCUGAUCACGACUCAGAGGUCUCUGAGGUGUGGGAGGAGCGUGCGGCUGCAGACGAGGAGCAGAGAGACAGACGCCUCCAGCUUCCUCCCAGCUUCCUGUGCGACUCUGAGGGGGAGGCCGAGAAACCUGAGCUCCAGAAGCUGCAGCAGACACAGGUGACGCGUGUCUCUGAUCCUCACAUCACCGAGAGCACAGCACCGGCUCUGGACACACAGGUGAAGCCCGAGCCUUCCCAUGAUGCACCGGCUCUGGACACACAGGUGAAGCCCGAGCCUUCCCAUGAUGCACCGGCUCUGGACACACAGGUGAAGCCCGAGCCUUCCCAUGAUGCACCUGCUCUGGACACACAGGUGAAGCCCGAGCCUUCCCAUGAUGCACCGGCUCUGGACACACAGGUGAAGCCCGAGCCUUCCCAUGAUGCACCUGCUCUGGACACACAGGUGAAGCCCGAGCCUUCCCAUGAUGCACCUGCUCUGGACACACAGGUGAAGCCCGAGCCUUCCCAUGAUGCACCUGCUCUGGACACACAGGUGAAGCCCGAGCCUUCCCAUGAUGCACCGGCUCUGGACACACAGGUGAAGCCCGAGCCUUCCCAUGAUGCACCGGCUCUGGACACACAGGUGAAGCCCGAGCCUUCCCAUGAUGCACCGGCUCUGGACACACAGGUGAAGCCCGAGCCUUCCCAUGAUGCAGCAGCUGUGGACCGGAGCGGCGGCGGAGCAGGAGAGCGUCAGACUGACACACCGGCAGCCGUCGAUCUGUCCACCAAGAGAAGCAGUGAGAGCGACUCCAGCACUGCUGCAGGUCUGUCUUUUGGAUUUAACUCUGCAGCUGGGCUGUCUUUUGGAGAACUGGCAAAGGCUUCAGGUGAAUUAGCAUUUUGCAAAAAAGAUGAUAAUUUCACGUGGUCAAACACCGGAGCCCCAGUCUUUGGAAGCGCAGCGGCACAAACUGACGGAGAAAAGACUCGCGGUGAAGCAGAAGAGGAGGGCAGUGAUGAAGAGACGCCCCACAGUGACGAGAUCCACUUUGAGCCGAUCGUGUCGCUGCCUGAGGUGGAGGUGAGGUCCGGCGAGGAGGACGAGGAGAUCCUGUUCAAAGAAAGAGCCAAACUCUACCGCUGGGACCGCGAGCUCAACCAGUGGAAGGAGCGCGGCGUGGGAGACAUCAAGAUCCUCUUCCACCCCGUGAAGAAGAGCUACCGCCUGCUGAUGAGACGCGAGCAGGUGUUCAAGGUCUGCGCCAACCACACCAUCAGCCCGAGCAUCGAGCUCAAGCCCAUGAACACCUCUGCUAAUGCUCUGGUUUGGACCGCCACAGACUACUCAGAGGGAGACGGGAAAGUGGAGCAGCUGGCAGCCAAGUUCAAGACUCCAGAGCUGGCCGAGUCCUUCAGACGAGCGUUCACUGACUGCCAGAGUCGCAUGUUGCAGACUGACGCUGUUCAGAUGUCUGCCGCUGAGGCGCUGUCUCGAGACUCCAACCCUGUGGUGUUCUUCGACAUCUCCAUAGAUGAGGAGCAUGCUGGGAGAGUCGUCAUGGAGCUCUUCGCUCACAUCGUGCCCAGAACGGCGGAGAACUUCCGGGCUCUGUGUACGGGAGAGAUGGGCUUCGGUUACCGCCGGUCCGUCUUCCACAAGAUCGUCCCGGGCAUCAUGUGUCAGGGUGGUGAUAUCACCAACCACGAUGGGACGGGAGGGAAGUCCAUCUACGGAGGGCAGUUUGAGGACGAGAGCUUCGAGGUGAGGCACACGGGGCCGGGGCUGCUGUCCAUGGCCAACCGCGGCAGAGACACCAACAGCUCACAGUUCUUCAUCACCCUCAAGAAAGCAGAGCAAUUGGACUUCAAGCAUGUGGCCUUCGGAUUCGUCAAAGACGGCAUGGAUGUGGUGAGGAGAAUCGGAGAGCUGGGCACUAAAGAUGGUACACCCACGGAAACCAUCACCAUCUCAGACUGUGGACAGAUUUUUUGAGCUGUUUAUACACAAACUACUGGUCCCUGAACUUUUGUGUGAAUCAGAAUUUGUAUAUGCAGUGGUUUUAUUCUUGUCCUGUUUGUAUGUUAAUAAAGUGGACAGCACUAGUUGACAAUAAAAUUCAUGCUUUGCAAAAGAAGAAAAACUUUAUUUUAUUACAGAACUUGUUAGUUUCCUCAUGUUUACAGGGGCUCAAUUGGACAGAAUGUGAAUCUUUCGAAGGCUUUCUUUGUGUGUAUUUGGUUGAAAGGUCACUUCACUGGCAUGAGGUCCACAAAAACGCAGCCAUGUUGCUUGCAAUUUUCAGUCUCCUGAAUAUAAAAUAAACAUCUGGCAACUCA